AUGGCUGCUGUUCAACUAAUCCAGCUCAAGCCAACUGUCGGGGUUGACGACGAGAAGUGGCUGAAGAUCAUCUCCGGAUUUCGAUCGGCAGAAGGUGGCACAGGUGUGGUGUGGGCACUGCAGCACGAAGAUUCGAAGAUCGCAGGAAUCGCAGCUUGUUUCGACACCUACGGUCAUCAACAGGCAUGGGCGGCCUCAGACGCUGGCCACAAGGUCAAGGACGACAUCUCGGUGCUUGCGUCUGGCUCAAUCUACGAGGACGUCGUGCUCUUCUCAGAAGACCCACUUCCAACAAUCAAAGCGAACGUCGUGGAGCUCGUGUCAUGGAUUCACCCGGUGGACAAAAUCGAUGCGGAGCGCGAGAAGAAGGUCGCAGAUGGCUUCAAGCACUUCCAGAAAGCAAUCAGCAGCGAGGCGCCAGAAGCGGACGGAGGACUUGUUGCGGGAUGGGGCCAAGUCCCUUUCGACCAUGAAGGGGUGAAGUCGAGACGCUUUACGUCCCUCAUUGGCUGGAAAGGUGUGGAUGCUCACUACAAGUGCAAAGAGACCAGGCCGUUCCUUAACAACAUUCACUGGCUCAUGGAAAAUGAUGAUUCGGGCGUCGAGAUGGUUCAUUAUGCAUACAGCAAGUCGCUUGACGGUGCAGGGACAAACUUGUAA